AUGCAACGAAUACCAUCGUCCUGUAUUGAAAUUACUUUGAAGUUGACUGCUGAUGGAAAUAUAUCUGACAAUUGUUUGACUUAUGAUUGGAGUCAAAUCUCGAAUUUGACUACAAACUAUUCGACCUACAUUGAUCCUAAUACGAACCAAACAUAUUAUGCUCGCAUUGGGGCAUUAACUGUUUCGGGCACAAUGAAUAAUUACAGUUUGAACUAUCAAUGCCCACCUAUAGGAUACAAUGGUGUAGCAUCUGGUUGCCGAACUGAACCAAAUACACAAUUGGUAGUAUUACAAGUCAAUGUUUUAGAUAAAAAAUUAUAUAUCAUCGAUAUUAUUCUAUCUGGUGCUCCAUUUCCUUCUUCACAAGACUUAAUUGAUAAUCAACCACCAUUUGGUACAGCUCGCAUAACAUUCAACUUAGGUGUUGCACUUCAAUCUGUCGGAUAUUUUCAAGUCUGUAAAAAUAAGAAAAGUGAAUUAUGUCCGAAUCAGAACAUCAGUGCUCACAAACUUCCUUAUCCAUUGCCAAGUAAUUAUGGAUAUGGGAUAUUUGGUAUCCAGUCGAUGAAUUAUGUUGCACAGUCAACCUGGAUCAUGGAUGAUCCAAAUCAAUUACUUAUUGUUACUGCAGGUACCAAUUACUAUUAUUUCAAUGCAACUGGAUUCUUUUUCUACGAUUCGAGUACAAAGACAUGUACUUGGUCAGCAACUUGUAAUUAUGUUUGUGAAGUAUAUAACUACAAUUCUCGAUUCUUGGAUUAUGCUGGUGAAUGGAUGAUCACAAAUAAAUGGGGAAUCGAAGACAUGACACCACAACAUACCGAAGUGUGGAUUGGAAAUGCAAUUGAUGCUGCUGGUGUCUUUCCUAUUAUCAUGUACACCGAUAAAGCAACUGGUCAUUAUCUGGGGUUAGAUAAACUUGAUCCGAUUCCAGCGCCAAAAAUGGGUGCAACUUAUUGGUAUACUGAUCAUGGCAAUACAAUAUCAAGGGUUAGUAUUAAAUCGUUUAGUCCCAGUGUUGUGAAAGCUGGUUGUGUUGCAAAAUUGAGCCAUUGGGCUGGUCGUUGGGCAAGCUUUGGAAGUCGUGUGACACCUGGUGACGCACAAAUCAUAUUUGCCCUUGGGUUUAUAUAUAUAUUCCAAGUAUGGGUACAAAUACGCCAUUAA